CUCAAACCUGCAGGUAUGAUCCAAAGGAAUGAGGUUGUGCUGUCCGUCCUGCGAGAGCUCCAGGAGGCCACAGAAAGCGCCGGCCUGGAUGCUGUGACCAGAGUGGCUGUGGAUGUAGAGCGGGCCCUCACUCCUUUUCAGCCCCCCAAACCCCCCUGUCAGGAUUUUGCAGAGUGGGCGCAUGUGGACAAAGCAGCCCAUGCUUUGUAUCCUGCUGAUGCACCGAGGGGUCUCCUACCUCUCAGCUGUAAUGGAGAAGGCAACUUGCUGUUUGAUGCUGUAAGUACACUGCUUGUGGGCAACACCGGACUCAGCCUGGAGCUGCAGGUGAGGACUGUGGUGGAAAUGGUGCUGUGGAAAAGAUACUACUUAUCAGGGAUGAUUGAUUCUAAGAUGAUGCUCCAAGCUGUUCGAUUCAGUCUCAGUGCUGAAGAGUCUGAAGACAUGCUGAACCUGCCCGUAGCCGUCCUGGAGGCCAUCUUUGAUGCAGAUGUGAAAGCGUCCUGCUUUCCUGGCUCCUAUGCCAACAUGUGGCAUGUUUACGCACUGUCAUCUGUCCUCCGGUUCAACAUCUAUUCCAUCUACCCCAUGUUCAACCUCAAGAUCAGACCCUAUUUCAAUCGCCUGAUACGCCCAAGAACCUGGCCUGAAGACUCGGAGCCACAAACCAUUCACAUCAUGUGGUCUGGGGACAUGCAGUCUGAGUCCUUGUUCAGGCCCAAAUACUUUGUCUCCCUGGUUCAAGCAAAUCUUCUCAUGUGCAGAAGCCCUGAAAGUGAGGAGAUGGUGUCUCCGCACAGGAGCAAGGACCAGCUGAAGCAGAAGUCGCAGUUUUCCUACUCAAGUCUGAAGGAUAAGUACAACAUCACCAAGAGGACCUUCUACCGCUGGAAGAGGCAGACGCAGGAAAACUGCAAAAAGUCCGCAGCCAGGUAUGAGGCAAAAUACUUCCUCCAGGCCUGCUUCUUGGAGGGCAAGCUCAUUCCUCUGCACCAGUUUAAGGAAUUCUUCCCAGAUAUCUCAAGGUCAUCGUACUACAACUGGAAGCAAGAGCUCUUGAAAACCGGGGGGCAUUUCUCCACAUCCUCCUCGACUGGAGAGAUUAGUCCUGGAGAGAGCACAGAGCAGGAGGUGUGGUCCUCACCCGAAACUAAGCAAGACGAGCCAGACCACCAUGACAGCGUGGCCAGCAUGUUCGGCCUUCAUCUGGGCAAGCUGGAUGCGGAGAGGGCUCAGAAUGUAGCACACAUGCAGGAAGCUAAACGCUGCCUGCAGAACUGCAUUGCCAUGAACACUUCCUUCCCCUUCAGGAUAUUCAAGAGAAACUUCCCAGGAAUUUCACGAUCAACCUACUACAACUGGAGAAGAGAAGCCCUGCUAUUCAAUCGGGGAUACAAAGGCACCGGCGGGAGCAGUGAAGACAGUUCAGAUGCCGACAAGAGCGAGAGCCCAAAAGGUCAGGUGCUGAUGCUGCCUGGCUUUACUCAACCCACCGUGCCGAAGUUGAGGGUCUGGGGACAGAAGCACAGAAGAUUCAGGCUGGCUUAUCUGAGUAACAAGCAGUUAAGAGAAGCUGCAAAGUUGUAUGUUCAGAAGUCUAACUGGUCCUUGACAAAAUUCAAGCUCAAGUUCCCCUCCAUCUCCUCGUGCUUCUAUUGGCUGUGGCGUAGCUGCCAAAACCACAAGACAAAGAAGGUGAUGACCACCCAGGUUGCAGAGGUCAAUGUCCCACAGAGCACAGAAAGUAACGCCAACAAGACAACAGAGAAACAGGAUGGGCUCCCAUUUGUCCAAAUCCCACAGUACCUGGAAUGUUCUGCCGUGCCUUCUUUCGACGCCCCGCAGCUAAAGCAUCCCUUCCCCAGCAGGGUGCCCACAGAGGAGCAGAUGUUGUCAGUGGAUGUCGUAGCUCUCGCCAACUUCAAGGCCAAAGCCAAGCUGUUCCUUCAGCAGCGUUUCGAGGAGAAGUCCUUCCCCACAUUCAAAGAAUUUCGAUCCCACUUCCCAUUCACCGCACGCUCAACAUACUACAUGUGGAAGCGAGCUUUGUAUCAUGGCGUGUCACUGGUUCAUGGGUAAAUCGGUGUAAGCUUGAAGUAAUCUAAACUACCUGCAGUGUUAAAUCCCUGCUAAGUAAAUUGGCUUAGCCUUGUCUUGGAUCAUUUCGACCUCCUGGACAUUUGCACGUGUGUA